AUGUUUGUAAAUUUGAUACUCGCAAAACGUGUUUUGACUUAUAGUACGCAAGCUAAUGUUCAAAAGCAGUCCAGGUGAGGUCAGCAUAUUCUCCAACGUCUAGAAUUCCUAUUGAAACUUUCUCAGGGAAACGCGAAAAUUUACCGCUGUGAGUAUUUAUCCGAAUACAAUGAAAUAGAGAGAGAGCAAGCGUUUCAGCUUAGAUCAGUUAAAGGACACUAGGUUAAAGGAUCCUCCCCAAUAAUUUCUGGAAAAUUUAUCUUUACGAAAAUUUUUUUGUUUAUUCUGAAUUAUAAGUGCCCAAACAAUCUAUAUUUAUAAAAAAAAAUCAUGAAAUGAACGGAUUUGUGAAACUGAGAGCAGUUUCAAAACUGAUGUAUAACUACGUUGCUGAUGUAUGCAUGUUUGUAUAAUUUCAACCUAGACACUUGGCCACAACUCAUUUUGAAGCAACUGCAGCCCGACAAGCAUUUCCAUGUUUUGAUGAACCGGCAAUGAAAGCAAAUUUCACUAUCAUCCUUGUCUACAAGAAUGGCUUAGUGCCUCUUUCUAACAUGCCUGCAGUAAAAACGGUAAGGAAACUUUAUCGAUAAGUAAGUUGGUGUCCGACAAAACAAUGCACAUGCCUUAUCCGUCAAUUGGGCGGUUGGUCAGGCAGUGACUACUAGUACUGUACAAAAUGUAUGAAGGAAACAUAACAUUGACCUUCAAGCAGUGGUGCCUAAAUUACUUUGAAUUUGUACUCGAGUAAAAGUAGAAGUAAUUAACAAUAAAACGACUUGAGUAAGAAUAAAAAGUCCUGGAGGCAAAACUUACUUAAGUAAAAAGUACAAAGCAUCCUUAAAAAAUACUUGAAGUACAGAGUAAAAGUGAAAGUACUAUUGUCUAUAGCGUGUAGGGGGGGGGGGGACUUUUUCAAUGGAUUGACAUACGAAAGACACAAAACAGCACACGCACUAUAUGCGAGCACCAUAAUAUACAAUAUUUCACGGCAUGGUCUACUUUCCAGACCCCGUUGAAGAUAUAAGAAAUCCAUUAGAUAAAAAAUGAUGCUUAUAUGUAGAGGUUCUAUUACCUAUCCCAAAAUUAAAAUAAAUCUGGAAUAAAUCAUGUAAAAUUAAACAAAAGUUAGAAAGUAACGAAAUACUUCGUCACAAAAUGAAAAUAACGAAGUAAAACGUUACUUCGUAAACCGAUUUCGUUCCAAGUAAAAGUACUCGAGAAAAAGGGCCAGUUCCUUGGGUAGAGGAGAACUGAUCACGUGAUCGGCUAGUUGUGUUGUUUGUGGCGUCAGAUAUAACCCAAUCCCUAUCUCAAAGCCUAAUCCUUAAUCUAAUCUUUACCCUUACCCUAACCCUAACCUCAACACUACUCACUAUAACUAACUGAUGACGUAAUCUGUGAUGCAAAUUCUUCUACCCGAGGAAGUACCCAGAAAAGGUUUACUUUGUUACAUGCUCACUUCUCAAAAAUAGUACCGAAGUACAGUAACGAAGUACAUUUACUUCGUUACUUGACACCACUGCCUUCAAGGUCAGUUUUGACCUAUAACCUUAUCAGGUUAUAUGAAUUUGUAUUGCCAUGUUCCUUUAAUGUCAUCUUCUCUCUAGACGAACAUCGGUAGGAAUCUUCGUGAAACACAGUUCAUGCAAAGUGUGAAGAUGAGCACAUAUCUUGUGGCAUUUGUUGUCUGCGACUUCAAAUCUGUUGGAGUCACAACGAAAAAUGGCGUGAGG